UGCGAUUACUAAACUCCCCUCCUCGUCAUUCAAUAGUAAUCAUGUUUUCGUAUAUUUUUAAGUCCAAGGUUUGCGUGACUGUCGAAUGCCACCGUUAGACCAUAGAUAGUUGAGCCUCGCUGAGCCCUUGCCAAAAAAAAAACUCGCACACUCAAUGUACAGACAAUGGUGAUGAUGUGUACGAAAUCAUCGCAGUGAGCUGCGACCAGAGAAUCGACGAACAAUAAUCGAGCAAGCGCGAAUAAGAGAAAGUGUGUUUUGUAUUCGAUUUUGUUUGAUUUUGUAGUGCGAUAUGGCCGUGUUCUCGAGGUUCAGGGCCUUCAUCAGGCUUUACCCGAUGACCAGAGGGAUGCUCUCCUAUGCGGCGAUCUGGCCCACCUCCAAUCUCAUCCAGCAGACGAUAGUUUCCGGACGGGAUUUCAAGACGUACGACUACAAACAGGCGUUGAGAUUCAGCCUUUUCGGUGGUCUCUUCACAGCUCCGACCCUCUACUGCUGGAUACGACUGUCCGGGUUCAUGCUUCCAGGAAGAUCAUUCAAAACUGCAGUCAAAAAGGCUUUGAUCGAGCAAGUCACGUAUGGUCCAUCAGCCAUGGUAUGUUUCUUCUUCGGGAUGUCUCUGCUGGAAGGAAAGACGAUGAAGGAGGCUAAGAAUCAAGUGAAAGAAAAGCUCUUCCCCACGUACAAAGUGGGAAUCUGCUUCUGGCCUGUACUUCAAACGAUAAACUUCUGCUUCAUCACCGAAAGGAAUCGCGUGCCCUUCGUGAGUUGCUGCAGUCUGAUCUGGACGUGUUUCUUGGCUUACAUGCACGAGCACGGAGCGAAACCCGAGGAGCAGAAGAAACUUCAACACGCGACGUCCUCUUAACGAAGGCUCCGACCGUUACCCUUAGCACAAUUCAAACUAUUUCUAAUAUUUAUUAUUACUUACCUACGAUUUAGACAUUAUACAAAUUUAUAUUUUUCA